AUGGCAGCCAGAGGCGGAGAGAAAGGGAAAGGAGGGUCGGGAGGAGGUGAGCCCAAACCGCAUCAUCUGUUGGCCUCGGAUCCUGCUCAUCAAGGGAAAAGAAUAUUCCAUGUCAAGCUCAACAAAGAGGUUCUCCAGGAGCUUCAAUUUGGAAGCGGAGAAGCAGUGUUUACCUUGGGGAGAGGAGAUCGCAGCAUACUCAAGCUGGGAAAUAACAAAUGGACGCUACAAACCCCCAGUAUAGAGGAAGAGAAGAGGACGUUGGAAUGCGUCCGAACCAGCAACGGGGUUUGUUACAGACUGGGCAUCUCGGACAGGCUUGUUUUGCAGAGAGAACGCGGGCUGAAGGAAUCAGAGAAGGAAGAACUUAAAAGGGCGAAUGCAGAGGAGCAACAGCGCAAGAAACAAGGAGCUGCAAUCAAGCACGAUCCUUGCAGCAGUGCCGGAAAGAAGCGAAAGAUUGUAGAUGAUGUGGGGAAGGCAGAGCAGUCAGGCUCUAGCAGAGCGAGCCCUACAAUCGUAGCAAAAGUCGAUGUUGACAAGGAGGAAGUCCACAAACGGGUCAUGCAUGCUCUUGGUAUUGCUGAUGUUGACCAUGAGGAGCUGAAGCGCCGAUGUUUGAAGAAGGAAGAGGAGAUAGCAGGGAAAGUCACUUUCAAAGAUAUUUGCAGCGAGGUUGCCAACUAUGUCAGCGUGCCGUCUGGCGAGAAGAAAUGGAGGUUGAAACUUGAGUAUCUGAAGAAACUCGACGUGGACGGGUGGUCGGAGUACAGCGAGAACGACCGUCGAUUGAUACGAGCACGGCUCUCGAUCCUUGCACCCACCACGAUUGUUGCGAACUCUGAGGAUGAAGUGAAGGAAUUGAAAUCCAGAUACAAAGACAAGUACGCAAAAUAUGAAGAAACAAACAUCAAGUUGAAUGACUGGCAAAGACAAUUCGAGACUUUGGCCGCUGACCUGUCGAAGGACAAGUCAAAACAGGCGCUUCGUAAAGAGAUCACUGAGAAGUUUAACAACCUCAAGGUGUCAUUGAUGGAAACACACACCAAGUUCUUGUUACUGCAUGAUGAGUUGCUAGCGAUCAAGGAGGCCAUUCGAAAUUUUUCUGCAGGCAAUGGCACCAAGGCUCCUGCAUAG